AUGAUUUUCACCACGGCAACCUCAACCACAACGCGUAUGGUGAGAAGCGUGGAGCCGCUGACUGUGAUUAUGUUAGUUCUGCUUGUUGGUAGCUCUAGCCCUGCCAGAUCACUGCGGCUGGAUGGGCCAUACCCGCGGUGCGAGCCUAUCACAAUCAAAAUGUGCAAGGAUAUGCGAUACAACAUGACACAGAUGCCAAAUUUAGCUG